CACAAAGCUACGUUUAAUCAUAAUUGCCAUCAUUCAAACAUUGAUUUGGAAUUAAGAACAAAAACACAAACUCUUCCAAGUAGAACAAGAAACAAUGGCUUGAUGAUGGUGAUUUGGGGUUCACCCUUGCUGGAUCUGGACAAAAAAGGUUUUCUUUGCUCAUCCUUUUCCUUGUUCUUCAUCUUGUUGGAACUUGGAUGAACAAUGGGAGAGAAAAGUUAUUAUCUUUCUCAGAUUUGGGAUGAGAACGUGAGCAAGUAGAAGAGACGUGAUGGUUUUUUUUUUUUGGGUUUUUUUUUGGAUUGGGUGAGAGAGGGAUUAAGGAGGAAGAUGAGGAAGAAGUUGAAGAACAAAGUGGGAAUUGAGUUUCUGAGUUUUUGGGUUUCUAGGUAGGAUGAGGUUGAAGGGGGGAGAAAUCGAUGGUGGGGUUCUGACUCAGAAUCUCAACACCAACGCUUCCUGUGAAAUACCCCAAGUUUCUGUGUCACCACAAGAACCAAAAAAUAGUGCAGAGAAAGCAGAGCACCAAAACACGAACAUGGGACCUGGUUCAGACGGCGAGACAAAAACAAGGACUAAUUUGAGGAUUAAGCCAUCUGUUUAUUACAGAAUAGAGAUAGUAGUGAAAAUCAAAUCAAAUGAAACAAUGUGUGUGGUAACGAAGAACAGAUACUGGGUUCUGAGGCAUGGCAAGAGUAUUCCCAACGAGCGAGGACUCAUUGUUUCCUCCAUGGAAAAUGGCAUACGCCCUGAAUUCCAAUUGGCCACCGACGGUGUUAGUCAAGCACAACUCGCUGCCAAAUUAUUCCACAAGGAACUAGAGGCUAAUGAUGUACCACUUGCUAAUGUACGCAUUUGCUACUCCCCAUUUUCAAGAACCACCCACACAGCAAAGAUUGUUGCAACUGUCUUGAAUCUUCCUUUUGAAGGCCCCCAAUGUAAGGUCAUCGAAGAUCUUCGAGAACGCUUCUUUGGUCCUUCUUUUGAACUUCUGUCGCAUGAUAAAUAUGAGCAAAUUUGGGAACUAGAUGAAAAAGAUCCACUUGUUGGGCCAGAAGGAGGGGAAAGUGUUAAGGAUGUUGCCUGUAGACUUGCAAGAGCAAUGGCUGUUAUGGAAUCGGAAUUUGAAGGAUGUGCAGUUUUGGUUGUUAGCCAUGGGGAUACCCUACAAAUCUUGCAAACAAUUCUGCAUGCAGCUAAUCAACACAAGGAACCCGCUUAUGAUGACUUAGCAUCAAUACUAAAUGCAGUUCAGGUGGCACCAGUCUUGUCACAACACCGCAAAUAUGCUUUGCUUACCGGAGAGCUUAGGGGAGUCCUUUGAGAUUUUGACUAUUUGAGGCCUAGCAGAAAGGCAACUGUUUUUUGUUGGAAUUGGAUCCCCUAUUGUUGCUAAACUAUUAAACCGGGUUAAUUGUUAAAUUAGUCCCUGAUUUUGUAAGCGAGUUUGGUUUUAGUCUCUCGGCAAGAAAAUGACAUUUAGUGGCAAUAAUUUAUGAAUUACUGGCUGUUUUUUACCGCCACUAAACGUCACUUUUCUGCAAAUGACUAAAAUCAAACUUUCUUACAAAAUCAGAGACUAAUUUGAUCAUUAACCCUAUUAAAGCAACAUGUGUGCAUGUCUAAGAUUUUGAGCAGGCCUCGUACAAAAAAUCACGUGAGAGAACUUUCUGAUUACAUUUGAACAUACUAAACAGCCUGCAAAUUUUUUGGAAUGGGGAUGUAAAUCCAUUUUGGUUGCUCCCGUUCAAUUUAUCGGUUUAUUAUCAUAUCCAAAACUUCAAAAGUAAUUUUCUUAUGGAGAUAAUGAUCCUCUUUCUGUGGAAAAA